GUGGGCGGCAGGGGGCGCUGCGCCACGGGGCCGGGUCGCGGCGGUGGCGGCGAGGCGACGCGAGGCCGGCAGGCGGCGCUGCCCGGCUCGGCCUCGGCUUGCGCGGCGGCGGCAGAGGCCUGGGCCCGGGCGCGGCGGCGGGGCCUAGAGCCGGAUCUAAGAUGGCAGCGGCGGCGGCGGCGGCGGUGGGGCCGGGCGCGGGCGGCGCGGGAGCAGCGGGGCCGGGCGUCGCGGGGCCCUGCGCGGCCGUGUCGGUGUUUCCUGGCGCCCGCCUCCUCACUAUCGGCGACGCGAAUGGCGAGAUCCAGCGGCACACGGAGCAGCAGGCGCUGCGCCUAGAGGUGCGCGCCGGCCCGGACGCGGCGGGCAUCGCCCUCUACAGCCAUGAAGAUGUGUGUGUGUUCAAGUGCUCAGUGUCUCGUGAGACAGAGUGUAGCCGUGUGGGCAAGCAGUCCUUCAUCAUCACCCUGGGCUGCAACAGUGUCCUCAUCCAGUUUGCCACUCCCAAUGAUUUUUGUUCAUUCUACAACAUCCUGAAAACUUGCCGGGGCCACACCCUGGAGCGGUCUGUGUUCAGUGAGCGCACGGAAGAGUCCUCUGCGGUGCAGUACUUCCAGUUUUACGGCUACCUGUCCCAGCAGCAGAACAUGAUGCAGGACUACGUGCGAACAGGCACCUACCAGCGUGCAAUCCUGCAGAACCACACUGACUUCAAGGACAAGAUUGUUCUUGAUGUUGGCUGUGGCUCUGGGAUCCUGUCAUUUUUCGCUGCCCAAGCUGGAGCAAGGAAGAUCUAUGCAGUGGAGGCCAGCACUAUGGCCCAGCAUGCUGAGGUCUUGGUGAAGAGUAACAACCUGACAGACCGCAUCGUGGUUAUCCCUGGCAAGGUGGAAGAGGUCUCCCUCCCUGAGCAAGUGGACAUCAUCAUCUCGGAGCCCAUGGGCUACAUGCUUUUCAAUGAGCGCAUGCUUGAGAGCUACCUCCACGCCAAGAAGUACCUGAAGCCUAGCGGAAACAUGUUCCCUACCAUUGGUGACGUCCACCUUGCACCCUUCACGGAUGAACAGCUCUACAUGGAGCAGUUCACCAAAGCCAACUUCUGGUACCAACCAUCCUUCCAUGGAGUGGACUUGUCGGCCCUACGAGGUGCUGCAGUGGACGAGUAUUUCCGGCAGCCUGUGGUGGACACAUUUGACAUCCGGAUCCUGAUGGCCAAGUCUGUGAAGUACACAGUGAACUUCUUAGAAGCCAAAGAAGGAGAUUUGCACAGGAUAGAAAUCCCAUUCAAAUUCCACAUGCUGCAUUCAGGGCUGGUCCACGGCCUGGCCUUCUGGUUUGACGUUGCUUUCAUCGGCUCCAUAAUGACUGUGUGGUUGUCCACUGCCCCGACGGAGCCCCUGACCCACUGGUACCAGGUCCGGUGCCUGUUUCAGUCACCACUGUUCGCCAAGGCUGGGGACACGCUCUCAGGGACAUGUCUGCUUAUUGCCAACAAAAGACAGAGCUAUGACAUCAGUAUUGUGGCCCAAGUGGACCAAACGGGGUCUAAAUCAAGUAACCUCCUGGAUCUGAAAAACCCCUUCUUCAGAUAUACAGGCACAACGCCAUCGCCCCCACCCGGCUCCCACUACACAUCUCCCUCUGAGAACAUGUGGAACACAGGCAGCACCUACAACCUCAGCAGUGGAAUGGCUGUGGCUGGGAUGCCAACUGCCUAUGACCUGAGCAGUGUUAUUGCCAGCGGCUCCAGCGUGGGCCACAACAACCUAAUUCCUUUAGGUGAGUGGCCCUCCAAGGGGGUAGCAGGGGUGGGGGCUUGCCCAGGGCUGCUGUGUGCCUCGAAGGGCCAGCGGACAGCCAUCUUGGCCUGUGCUUGGUCCUUUCACCUUUUCCUUUUCCUGGGGCUCUCUGCUGAGGCCCCCAGAUCCUCUGCCUUGCUCUGCUGCCUACACCAGUGGUCUGGGUGGCUGGGGGCGGUGACGUCGUCUCCCUUCCUUCCUUCCUCGCUGCACAGCCAACACAGGGAUUGUCAAUCACACCCACUCCCGGAUGGGCUCCAUAAUGAGUACAGGGAUUGUCCAAGGCGGGCCAGGGGCAGCGCUGGCCCCUCAGUGCCAAUGCCCACCCCACAGGGUCCUCCGGCGCCCAGGGCAGCGGCGGCGGCGGCUCGAGCGCACACUAUGCAGUCAACAGCCAGUUCACCAUGGGCGGCCCCGCUAUCUCCAUGGCUUCACCCAUGUCCAUCCCGACCAACACCAUGCACUAUGGGAGCUAGGGGCCUUGCCCCUCACAGACUGACAGCACCAGGAAACCAAAUGAUGCCCCUGUCUGCCCCGCCCCACUGGGCGGCUGCCCCCUUUGUACUGGAGGAGCCCCAACACCUGAUCACAGCCCUCUUUACUAUGGGAACUUGGACAUUUUUUUACACAUGUUGCUGCCGCCCCAACCCCACAUCCCAGCCCUGAGCUGCCAUGUUUUACACAAGAUCAUGUCGUGGGAGCCUUCAUCCCCGCUUCCCAUCCUCUCCACCCUGACCUGGGUUUGACAUCUGGUGUAACAGGCAUGUCAGGGCCUCCCAGCUGUCAGGGUGACAGACCAUGGGGGAACAGCUGCCCUGUGUGUCCCUCAGCACCUGCCCCUGGUCUAGCUCCAAAGGAGAAAGUCAGCCUGACCAGGUGAGGCCUUCCCUUCAGCGGCCAGGCCUUGGUCACAACAGGUGUGACAUGCUGCUUUUUUUAAUUUUAUUUUUUUACGAAAAGAACCAGUGUCAAUCUACAGACCCUCUGAGAAGCCAGGCCGGCUGGGCCGAGCCAGCAGCCCUGCUCCCCAGAUUCAGAGGCUCAGUGGUGAGGGGUGGCCCUGCUGAGGCUCCCUCCCCACCAAAGGGUUCACCUCACACUUGAAUGUACAACCUGCCCCACUGUUGGGAAGGCUUCCGUCCUUGGCCUCUGCCUCUUGCUGCUGUUCUGUCCCUGAGCCCCUUGUACCCUAUAUCAAGAGGAGAGGUGGCCCCAGGUGCUGGGCCUGAAACAAAGGCCACCAUCGCCACUUGGGGCAGACACAGACACACCUCAAAGAUCUGUCUGGGAAGGCAUCCUUUUCCUUGUAGCUAGCAUUAGGCCUGUGUAUUUCCCUUCCAUACUUGUAGACGCUCCAGUCCCUACUACUAUGAUGGUAUUUUGGCCCUACCCCCAGACUGAGAAGGGACCUAACAGAAACCUUUCUCUUCAAAAAAAUAAAGAGACAAGGAAACAUUG